AUGAAACACUCUCCUAGAAUAAGAUCAACGAAGCUGCAGGUUGUUAAUACUGUAAAAUCAGAUAUCGAUUCAUUUGAUCUGCUUACUGGGAGACACAAAAGUCUCAAAGCUAAUUUAAUAAACGGCCAUGAAACCAGAAGUUUUAGAGAUCCCCCAGAGAAAAUGAGGAGCGAAAAAAGAAUUGCGUUAAAGUUUUGUGGAGGUUACCUUGUGCUGUCCGAACGCGUGGAACAAAGUAGAAUUCCGGAGAACAUGGUCUCAAAUAUUGGUGGGGAGAUAUUUGCAAGUAAUUUAUUUGAUUCAAUGAAUACUGCAGAGAGCUCCAAGCUUCCCACGGCUAAAAGCAUGUAUCAAACUCACAAAACAAUACAAAAGGAAGCUGUUCGAUUCGAUAAGAAUCUACAUUAUGAUGACUUCCGUUUAGAUGUUUAG